AUGACGUAUGAUAUUUACAGCCUUGAUAGCGCGAUCGAUGCCUUCUUCACAUCGAACAGUACUGUGACUAGACAGCAAUGUGACGGUUACGUCUUUUCUCGCACUGGCGCGGGAUCUGAGAAGCAAAAGAUCCUCCAAUUUCGAGAUGCGGAUUCUACCAUUGAUAUGGAACACAUCUGUCUUGCCAAGGCAGUCCAUCCUGAGUUCGUGGCUAGCUGCAGGUAUCUUGGCACGUUGGGUGAUUCACGGCCGCUGCAUAUUUACGAGAUGGAGAAUCUCUCAGGGAUCCCUCACAUCAUGGUUGGCAUUCAACCUGACGACUUAUUUCGACAGCGUAAUACGGUCAUGGACCUUGCAAGGUUCUUUGCACAAUCAUGGAACAACGAUCAACGACCAUCCUCAGCUGACACCACCAUUUUACUUGCAGACUUCCAGUCCAAUUUCGAUCUUCUUGCUCGAGACCUACCAUCCCGCUUUUCGCCGAACAUAAAUAGAGUCCGCAAGGAGCUCCCGUCUCUCUUUGCUACUCUCCCUUUCAUUCUAAGCCAUGGGGACCUUAACAUGAUGAAUGUACUCAUCAGUCCCGAAACUGGAAAUAUAACAGGAAUUGUCGACUGGGCGGAAUCAAGGAUUCUACCUUUUGGAUUCGCGCUAUAUGGACUUGAGAAUGUUUUGGGCUGGAUGGAUUCAGAGGGGUGGCAUUACUACGAUGAUCACCGCGAACUUGAGAACCUCUUCUGGAAAACCUUUCAGGGAGAAGCCAAAAAUGUCUCCAACGCGGAUAUGUACUUGAUCCGCGUUGCGAAAAUGGCUGGAAUAUUCUGCCAGUAUGGUUACCACCACUACCAGUACCACAACGGCGACAGCAACUAA